AUGUCGAAAACCCUCCUACCACCACCCCCUCCUCCCCGCGCCCCCGUGCGCCCCUCGCCCGCGCUGCCCUCCUCCCAACCGGCAACUGGCCGGUCUCCCCAGGCCGGGGCCUCGCCGCCCGCCCGUCUGGGCUGGCUGGCCGGCACCCACCGUUCCAACGCCGCCCCGGCUAGAGCGCCGCUGCCGCACACCGAACACGCCGGCACGAGAGGAGGGGACUCCAGCACGCUCCUGCCCUCGGGCCUCCCGCUUGGCCCGGGCCGUCACGUCUGA